ACAAGUCAUGCAUAUAUAUACACAGGGACUAGCUAUAUUAAGAUGAGCAUGCAUCACUGAAAACAGUUUGCAACACAAACAUAAAAAUAUGGAUAUAUACAUAGAAUAAAUAAAUAUGCAUACCUAAGAGACAGAGCGGAGUAAAAAUAAAACAGUUAAAUUUGUACAUGUACAAAAGUAAAAUCAACUCCUACUUAAUACAGUAAGUUGUAUAAAUAGACAUUCAUGUUGCAAAGGAGAGAAAAAUCUUUGGAACAAUCGGUUAUUUAACUCGGGACCUUUGCAGUGUUAUUUAGUCGCUCUAACUACUGAGCUACUCAGACACCGAUCUACAAAUAUUUUAUUACCACAAUAGAAAAGUUAAACCUUCUUCAGAAACCAUACCAGAACUCUUCAUACUAAGGAGAUGAAUUUUUUUUUAAAGAAAAUGUCAGAAGAAACACCGCGUAUGUCUUUAACUUUGUUUUUUUGUUUUUGUUUUUGGUUUUUUUUUUUUUUUUUUGCUUCUGAUGACAACACACAAAAGAAUUCUGAUGCACAUAUUCAAGAAAAAAUUAGGGAAUAAAAAACUGGGAGUGGCGGUGGGAUGAGAAUGACAGGUUACAUGAGGUAAUCGCUUUAACUUGAACUGCAUCUACAUGUACAAAAUUCUACAUGCAGCAUAAACUGAAUUAAGUUUUAUGCUUGACAAAUUGGUAAUAUUUAAUUGAAAAUUUUGUUUCAUUGUGAUGCCUUACAGUAGAAAUGAUCUUGUAACAAAUACGAAGCACAUAACUCUGACACUAUAUUAAAGAAAACUUUGGUUUUGUCAAUAUGCUUAAUGUAAUAGAAUUUCUACUGUUAUUAUCGCCAUUCAAACUGGCCGAGGGAGUUUUACUCCCAUACAAAUGAUUUCCAGAAAAGGUUGUACGAAACAACACGAAAAAUAGAUUUAUUUUCUGAUCCAACAAUCAUAUAAAGAACUACGCAUUUUGAUGAGAACUUGUAAAAUUCAAACAAACGAAUAGCACUUUUAACUGCUUGUGUUGAAUAUUGUCAUGAUAAUGAUAAGGUGUGCUCUUAAAGAUCACACCCGCCGAGAAAUAAUCAAUUGAGUAUUGUUGAUCUAAUCUCUCAGCUGAAAUCUUUUAUUGAAUGUUCAUAGUCCGUAUCGCUCACAGAGGGAAAUGAAAUAUAUGUACAGAUGUAUAUGUAAGUAUUUUAAAAGUGACCAGUGACAUUAGGAAUUCAGAUGAACUGAGAGAGCUUUACUGAUCAUAGACCAUAGAUGAGUAUGGCUUAUGAUAACGGCGAUGACUCGUCGCCAUCGAAGAUUGAGUCGGUGGAGGAUCUACUCAAGCGAAACUACCAGAACAUCUGUCGUCAGCUGCACGUGACGCCACGCUCCAAAAUUAUACGAGAGUUCGGGAAGACGGCAGUGAACUUAGCUGACCUCAACCUCUCUAAUAAGGAACUCAAGGCCGCUCUGUUGACCUUUAUAAAAUGCAACGAAUUCGACGAUGAGGAUGAUGACGAAGACAAGAAUGAUGACGAAGUAUAUGAAAUCAAUGUGUCCGGAAAUAGACUUACCACCAAGGAAAUCAGCUAUCUGACCGAGCUCCUGACGGUUAACAAGAGGAUCUCCAACGUGAUUUUGUCUGCGUGUCAGCUGUCUGGAGAAGCAUUGGUCAAACUGGCAGAGUUUCUCAGCAAAUCUUACACUCUACAGAAACUGGACUUAAGUCACAACGACCUAACAGACAAAGAUGCAGACGCUGUGUGUAAAAUAAUUCAAAAAAAUGAAAGUAUUCAGGAGUUAAUUUUAGCUCAUAAUAACUUGGGAGACAGCGGUUUGGCUGUAGGUGCUGCUUUGGUUGAAAACGAAACCCUGAAAUCCCUUGAUCUCAGUUGGAAUCAUAUACGAGUUAUCGGGGCUGUCGGGUUAGCCAAUGGCGUUCGGAUGAACUCUAACCUGGAGACGCUCAUUGUAGCUUGGAAUGGGUUUGGGUUUGAAGGAAGCGUGGCUUUAGGAAAACUACUCUGUAAGAAUACGUCAUUACUCCACCUUGACCUCUCCUGCAACAGAAUUCAUCCACCUGCUCUAUUUGAAAUUGUCAAAGGUCUGGAAAAGAACAAAUGUCUACGACGCCUCAACCUAUCCCAGAAUCCUAUCACGGCGCCAAUGACGUCAAUACUACUAAAUCGUCUGCUGCGUGCGAAACACUCCUCUCUGCAGGAACUCGACCUCGCGGGAGUUGUGGUGGACAAAGAAUUUAAUUCGGUGUUAGAAAAGAUUCAGAAAAAAAGAAUGUUCAUUGUUCGUUAUGACUCGUCACUUCCGGUCAACAAGGGAUCUGUUCCAACAGUGGAUCCCAAAAACAUUUUUAACAUUGAUCCCAUCAGGAUUCUAUAUUUCAUGAAGGAGCAUCUGCGGACUAUAGAUCUUUUUCUCAAGUUUGAUAAGGAUUCCAGUAACUCUUUGACCAGGGACGAAAUGCAGUUUGCUUUUGAGAUGGAGGGCUACCCGAUAAGCAAAGCCGCACUAGACUCUGUCAUGUCUUACCUGGACACUAACAAAGAUGGCAGUGUGGACUUGCUUUUACCAAAAUUUCAAGAAGAGAUUGGACGACUUGAUCGCAAAUUUCCAAAAUCGUACAGGGAAUUCAUUGACGGAGAGCGAAAGUUAAAGCGGAAGUUGAUUCAGGAGAGAGAGGAGGAAAAAUUACGUCACAGCGCGGACGAGGAAUUACAAAAUGACCAUUCAUACUCGCAAGCCUUUCAAACUGCAACGAAACCAAAGUUUCCGCCGAUUAAAAAAUGAAAUGUGAAAUAACCAUUUAAAUCAGGGUGUACUUCAAAACUGGUGCUAUACGAACUUGAAGACUUUCAGAUAGGCCAACUCGGCCAAAAACUGACAAUGUGCUUAACUCAACUCAGGGUUAUACGGAAGGGGCCGUUUUCUCAUAUUCGUUUUAUUUUUUGGUCACUGUUUUCAUUUAUGAACUAUGAUACAAUUGUAUUUUAAUUUUGCAAUACAUUUAUACGUUUUACAAUU